CCAUAAAACAGAGCCCAAAUUAUGGGUUCUGACUUCUGAGACUGAGAGGCAAAUUCUCAACAUUCAUGGAGACGACCCAUUGCAGUCUCAGCCAUUUCAUUGCCUUCCUCUUCUCCUUCUAUUUCCUUGUCUUCUCCGCCCAUUCAAAAUCACCUCUCCUCGGUGUUCAUCCCUUAGAUGAGAAGUACUUUUCUUCACGGUUUAUCAAGUGCAAGGAUGGCUCGAAAUCCUUCACCAGAGACCGUCUCAACGAUGAUUUCUGCGAUUGUGUUGAUGGGACGGACGAGCCUGGAACUUCAGCCUGUCCCAGAGGCAAAUUUUAUUGCAGAAAUCUAGGAAGUAAACCUCAAUUUAUUUUUUCAUCUCAUGUCAAUGAUCAAAUUUGUGAUUGCUGUGAUGGAAGUGACGAGUAUGACAGUGGAAUCAAUUGUCCAAAUACAUGUGUCAUGGGCGGAAAUUUGGAGUACAGGGCUAAAAAUUUUGUCUCAUCUAUUGAUUCAAAGGAAUCAAAAGAUGAACUUCUUUUGGAGGACUUGUUACAUAAAUCUAAAGGUUUGAAGACGGUAAUAGUUCUACAGAUUGUUCUUUUUGGUUGUGCAAUAGCAUUUCGUUUAUUUUGUCGGCGAGAAAAAUUGAAAAGAAGGCAUAAUCACUGAAGAAAUCCAUUGACAAUUUGGCCUUUGUCUUGGAGGUUUUUCCCUUCUCGAUACAGAGUAUAUUCAUGGGAAUCGGACUAUAUGGAGGUUGAUGCAUUGGUUAUACAAAGUGUAGAGUUGCAUAUGUUGCAAAUAACACAAUCUCUGUUUGCUGGGACAUAUACUUCAACAUCAAGCUACACAGUGAUACUGGAAAAAAAAAACAGUAGGCAAUACAGCUGCAUUAUAGGUUUUUCCCUUGUAUUUGACUCCAUAUUAAAUUUGGAAAAUAUCAUAAUCUAAAUUUCAUUUUAAUUA